AUGUUAGGACAUCACAUUAAGUCUCACUUCGUGCUAGAUAAAGAUAAGCGUUUUGUGAACCAUGGGUCUUACGGUUCAGUUCCAAAAGCUGUCUGGUCCAAAUAUCAGGAAAUGAUGCUCAAGGACUUAUCAUUCCCGGAUGAAUUCACGAUCAAAGAGCAGCAGAACUUGAUGAUAAGGUCUCUUAAAGUUCUAGGUGAAUUUGUGAACACAAGUUUUGAGAACCUUGCACUUGUUCCUAAUGCCACCUCAGGCAUUUCUGUGGUUCUUAGGUCUCUCGAUCUCAAAAAGGAAGACAAAUUCCUUAUCCCGUCGACGAUUUAUGGGGCCUGUGCAAACAACAUUGACUAUCUCUCCAAGCGAAUUGGGUUCAAGGUGACAGUUCUAACUCUUGACUACCCUCUUGAAGAUGAGGAAGUUCUCAGAUUAUAUGAGGACGAGCUCAAAAGCGGUGAAUAUAAGUGUUGUUUCUUUGACGCAGUUACCUCGAUGCCGGGGGUUAGAGUACCCUAUGAAAAACUGGUGCAGCUCUCUAGAAAAUAUAAGGCAUUGAGCAUUGUUGAUGGUGCGCAUUCUGUUGGCCUUAUUGAGCUAGAUCUGGAUACCGUGAAACCUGAUUUUUAUACAUCAAAUCUUCACAAAUGGUUGUUCCUACCUCGAGGAGCAGCAUUCUUGUAUGUUGAUCCUAAACAUCAAGACCUCGUUCAGCCUUUGCCAAUCAGCCAUACUUAUAAGGAUUCCAAGUUUUACCAGAGAUUUCUGUUCACUGCGAGCAAUAACUAUACGUCUUUCUUCUGCCUAGAGGAAGCACUCAAGUUCAGGCAGGAGAUAUGUGGCGGGGAGAAGAACAUUCAAAACUACUGUUUCGGUCUAGCAAAGCAGGUGCUCAACACACUGGGUGGGCAGGACAAACUUGAAAACUCAACAGAAAGUUUGACCACAGCAAUGGUAAAUGUGAAGGUAGAUGUAUCGAGCGAAUUAUUGCAACAUAUUAAAGACCACUUUCAGGAGUUCAAAGAAUAUACCGCCAAUGGCAUGUUCGCCAGAAAUAGCUUUGUGCCAGUAGCCUAUACAACAACAUCACUGUUUGUUAGGUACAGUUGCCAAGUUUACAAUGAGCUAGAAGACUACAUAAUUGCACAUUCGAAAUUUCUUGAAGUGUUAAAGUCCUAUGAACAAACAGUAUUCACCAGAUGA